ACUCUAUUUCUAAUUAAAUAUAAAAACAAAUGAUAGUUUAAGUUAAUAUAUUCAUGGGAUUAUUUAUCUAUAUCCUUUUGAAAUGCUCCUCUGAAUGUGAAGUUUAUAAUGUACACACUACAUCAUUACUGUACUAGAUUUCGUUAACAUUAUACACAUUUUUUAGAUUUAUCAAUUGUAGUUCCAUUGUAAUCCAUUAAACGAACGAUUUUGAGUAUUAUAGUUGAUUUUACUUGUUAUAGUGUACCUUUGCGGGUCAUCUAGAGGAUCUGGCUGCAACGUAUACAUACGUUUCGUUGGUACAUGCUUAUUUUUUAUGCACAUGGAUAAACUAGGAUAGACAUCGCUGCCACGUAUAUUAUAACUAAAUCUUGUAUGGAUCAGGUUGUUAUUGAGGGGCUAGCCUAUUGUCCACAUCAUCAAUAAUAUUGCCACUUCUUCUAUCAAGCACAUCUACGGAGAGCUGUGGGAUACAGUUCACACAAUGGUAUCUUUCGGGGAUGAAAAUGCUGCAGAGCAUUCUUCAAAGCAGCGUAUAAGGAAAAGCAUAACAUGGGAUGAUGAAACCAUAUCGGAGCACGACAAAGAAAGAGGUACAAGGAUGAAAAUUAUAGAGGCCAAUACACCCUUUUGCUACCUAUCAGAGGGUGACGAGUCAGAUGACGAUGCCCCCGAUGAAUCACAUGUUGCGUAUGAAGAUUUAGCUCAGCAAGUAAUUGACCGUUUAUGCGAAAUUAAACAAAGUGCUGAUAAAUCGGACCGUUUUGCUGAAAUGCGCAAGAAGCAUUACAGGAAUGAAUAUUUGAAAGGAGUUCUUAAAAAUAGGUAUGAUGAUGUGAGUGACGACGAAUGUUGUGGUGAAGACGAAGACUCGUCAAAAGAAGUGUUCCUCAAUAUCAAGUGUACAGCUCCAGCAGUGAUUAGGUAAUCAACUCAUCUCACUGCGUCUAGCUUG